AUGGCUCUGCCACAAAGGAACAAUGAGGAAAUCAUCUGGUCUGAUAAAUAUUUUGGCUUUGAACUGAGAAACGUGCAGCAAAGGCUGGCCUACAAUUUUGCUAAACAAACCCUAGAUUUCUUUUCUAUCUACCUGGUUUUGGAGAAAGGUAAUACAGGAGAUGUGUCCAGAAUUAGCUGUCUCUUCAUGGGCAGUACCUCCAUGAUGUGUGAGAGCUGCGUGGAGCUGCUGUUUGUGAGAGGGGCUGGGAACUGCCACGAGUGCGACACCCCCCUGAGGAAGAGUAACUUCAGGGUGCAGCUCUUCGAGGAUCCUGCUGUCGACAAGGAAGUGGAAAUUCGGAAGAAAGUGCUGAAAAUAUACAAUAAAAGAGAGGAAGACUUUCCCAGUUUAGAUGAAUAUAAUGAUUUCCUGGAAGAAAUAGAAGAAAUUGUGUUUAACUUGACCAACAAUGUGGACUUGGAGAACACCAAAAAGAAAAUGGAGCUGUACCAAAAGGAUAACAAAGAAGUCAUUCAGAAGAAUAAGUUAAAACUGACACGGGAGCAGGAAGAGCUGGAGGAGGCUCUGGAGGUAGAGCGACAGGAAAGCGAACAAAGGAGACUGUUCAUACAGAAGGAAGAACAGCUACAGCAGAUGAUAAAAAGGAAGAAUAAACAGGCACUCCUGGAUGAUCUGGAGAGCUCUGAUCUUCCUGCUUCACUGCUUUUAGCUCAGCAUAAGGACAGAUCUACUCAGCUAGAAAUGCAACUGGAAAAACCCAAACCUGUCAAACCAGUCACGUUUUCCACUGGCAUCAAAAUGGGUCAGCAUAUUUCACUAGCUCCUAUCCAAAAGCUAGAGGAAACUUUGUAUGAGUAUCAGCCCCUGCAAGUGGAGACAUAUGGACCACAAGUUCCAGAGCUUGAAAUGCUGGGAAGGCUGGGGUACCUCACCCACGUACGAGCCGCCUCUCCGCAGGAUCUCGCCGGGGGAUACACAUCUUCCCUGGCUUGUCACCGAGCCCUGCAGGAUGCUUUCAGUGGGCUCUUCUGGCACCCCAGUUAGCCAGGGACCACUGGCCUGACACCAAGGGACAGCCAACAGGGCAAGAAGCUGAUCAAGCCAGCAAAGGUUGGGGCAGAAUCGCUGCCCUCUGCGAUGGCCGUGCUGCCAUGGCUUUCUCGUGCACUUUUCUGUGCAAAACCAGCUGUGUUCGAGUGUUGAAGGGAAGAAAACAAAGCCCGUCUGCACGAGAGCUUUGUAAAAUGGUGAGAUACAUUUUUGUGGAGGGGGAAACUCGUUAGUCAUGUGGCACUUUGCUGAGGGAGGCUGAAGCAAUAAGCCACAUCUAAUGGGAGAUGUGAAUAACUCAGCUGUGUAUGUUUGAGGCUUAAAGAAAUACACUUGUAAAUUUUUUUUUUAAAUAAAGCCAGACUUUUUUAUUAAAGUUUGUGGUUUUACUCUUAUUGCAGGGUUUUAUUUGCACAAGCAUUUAAAUGCCAUUUUGAUUAUAACAUUUAGUGUCAAUAUUCAAGCCUACGUUUUCUUCCCAUAAAACUAGUUUCCCCAAGUUUAGACAAGUGGGUUUUUCCUCCUGCCAGCUGGAUGAGAUGAGAAACCCUGUAACUAUGCUGACACAACUCCUUCUGGGUGACACUUGGUUCUUACCUUUGCCUGGAAAACCAAUAUUUAGCUGAAAGUCUUUCUUCUGAGUUCCUCUAGAAGCAGUCUGAGAAACAAGACUGAGUCAUUGAAGCAGUUAAAAUUGUGGGGUUAUUUUUUGGGGGGUUUAUUUGUUUUGGUUUUGUUUGUUUGUUUUCUCCUGUUCAGCUCCAUUUGCAACUUUUCUGUUGUGCACUCAGGAGCUUCUUUUGGCGGGAACAUCCCUUUGCCUGGCUUUUGGGAUGACCCUUGCCACUUGAUUUGCUGCUUUCAUGUAUUCCUUCCCCUCUCCUUGUAGUGGAAUGUUGACUAAUGGCAGCAGAGCUGGGCUUCCCAUGGGAGAACUGGACUUUGCCAUGAGUGGGUAUAAACUGCAGGAGAUGGGAAACUGCUCAGGACAGGGAGCUUGGACCACGUUUCAUGGGCCAUCCAUUAAUAGCUGUUGAAUCCUGCUCUGAGGGUGCACUAAAUGGAUGUGUUUUUUCUAUGCUGUAAUAAAGAGAAGAACAAGCUCUA